AUGCCGAAACUAAAAAGUCGUCUUACUCGUAGGGAGGAGAAAGGCCUUGUCGAUAUCGAUUCUAUUCCCAGUUCUCGCUCUGAUUUUCUCCUACUUCUUUUAGCGUCUCGCAUAUUAUAUCGUAUUCAAGCAAAAUGUUUCCAAAACAACGGAAUAGUUCGUGCUGACAUUAUACAAAUAACACAGAGAGAGAUCGAACGCAUUCCUCUAGUACUCAAACUAACAGAACAGUCAAUUGACAUUGACUGCAGGAAUAACAGUGUGAUGGAAUACGACUCUGUUCCUUCUAAAAAGCGUACCGUCGAAUACUAUAAGCAAUUAGCUACGACAGACAUGCCUCUAGAGACGAUGCGAAUUAUGUUGAUCGAUGAGAUUGCAGUCAGGCAACGAUGUGGAGAGGCUUCAUAUAUUCGACGUAUAUACAAAAAUUUGAUCACAUUGGUGGAUGAUCUGAUUAACUUUUUAACUAUAAAUCAUAGAAGCAACAACUAUGGUAAGGACGUAAGCGAAUCAUCAACAGGCGCCAAUAAUAUGAACGAGAUAACAAUCGAAUCAGAUAUAGACCACCGCGUUUAUCACCGUCGUCGUUCGAUUAACGAACAUAAAAAGUGCAACUUUCGCCCAGUUUACUUUGCAGACAGUUAUCUCCUCUGUACUGAAGGAUUGGAUGAUGAAGAACUCUCCAUGGCAGCCCAUGUGCCUCUACUCUGGUUACCGGCUUUAACUAACGGUGAAGAGGUGACACAACAGACUGCCUCUGCGUUUGUAUUGAGAAGACGUAAGGGAUUCGAAGAGGAUGUUGUAUUCCGAACUAGAUUACAACGUAUGAAUUUUGUACAAAUUUGGAGUAAACAAAAGCGUACCAAAACAGAAGAUGCUAUGGACAGGAGAGGGAGCUCUGGCGCCGAUAAUUCGGGAGGGAGAAGGACAACAUUCGAUAAUUAUACAAAUGACCAGCCGAGUAAACGCACGAAUGAAGCGAAUAUGAAUUUACUUAAUCGGGUAUUUGUGGUUGAUGAUGAUGAGAUCGAAGAUGAGUUGAAAUAUAUUACUUUUAAUAGAAACAAGAGAAUCAAUGCCGACAAUAAGAGUGCCAUUCAUAGUGACGGCCGACUGCCACCCGCAACAAUGUUAAACUUACAAGCCUCAUAUCCAAUGUUGUCUAGUCAGGACGCAGCUCGUGACGUCAGGCCACAAUAUACGAAUCGGAAUUCUAAUCAACAUGUUGAUUUAUCAAUCAAUUCAGAGUAUCUUUCUCCUUUAAAUAUGGUCGCUGGUAACAUGUCAUCAAACGACGGCAACUCUAACGCGUUAAACCUGUUCACCAAGUCUCCAUUGUUGCCGAGGUUCAACGCAUACUCUACCCAGAACAUCCAAUCUAAUCGUCCUUGCCAUAAACUCAAUUGUCAUUAUAGUCACAGGCAGUUGUGUCCUUGCGUUAUAAGAUUCGAACCAAUGUCAACGGAGUCGUCAGCACAUUAG